GAUGGCGGCUGCCUGCUCCUGAGGUGGUUGGUGUCGAACUGACUAGCGGGUUUCACUCGCGGUUCUUUUUCGUUCUGAGGCUGGACGCGUCUUUCUUUUGAAGGGGACCUAGUAUCAACCGAAGCGGCGACCUUAGAGAGACAUCAUGGCAAGUCCAAGAACUAGACGGGUUCUCAAAGAAGUGAGGACUCAAGAUGAAAACAAUGUUUGUUUUGAAUGUGGAGCUUUCAAUCCACAAUGGGUCAGUGUGACUUAUGGAAUAUGGAUUUGCCUUGAGUGCUCAGGAAAGCACAGAGGUCUAGGAGUACAUCUCAGUUUUGUACGAUCUGUUACCAUGGAUAAAUGGAAAGAUUUGGAGUUGGAGAAAAUGAAGGUUGGAGGCAAUGCAAAAUUCCACCAGUUUCUGGAAUCACAAGAUUAUGAUCCAUGUUGGUCACUCCAGGAGAAAUAUAAUAGUCGCACUGCAGCUCUUUACAGAGAUAAGAUUGCUACUUUAGCUGAAGGUAGAGAAUGGUCUAUUGAAACGUCAGAAGCUCGGAAUUGGACCCCACUGCAGCCCAAAGUACCUAUUUCUUCAGCUCAUCGUGCCAGACCUAACCAAGCCUCAGGAUCAUCCACUGAUAAGAUGUUUGAGGACUGGCUCAAUGAUGAUAAUUCCUAUCAAAGUGGUGGAGGAUAUGGUAGUCAGGAUAAUCGUUACGUUGGAUUUGGAAACAGUCCAUCUCCUCAGAAAAAGGAAGAUGAUUUUCUCAACAGUGCCAUGACUUCUCUUUAUUCGGGCUGGAGCAGUUUUACUGUUGGGGCCACUAAGUUUGCAUCAGCUGCAAAAGAAGGUGCAGUGAAACUUGGAAGUCAAGCAACACAAAAGGCUACAGAGUUAAGUCAUACAAUUAGUGAGAACGUCAUUAAACCUGCUCAGGAUAAGGUGAAAGAUGGGAAAUUUUUAGAUGAUGUAUCCAGUGGUGUGUCGCACAUUGCUAAUAAGGUGCAGGGAGCGACUGUUAAAGGAUGGCAAGAUGUUAGUUCAUUCUUUACCAAUAAGGAUUCUGAAACAGCUGGUGUUGAAAGCCACCCGGUUGGAGAAAGUUAUCAGAACAGUGGACUUGAAGAUGGUUUCUGGGAAAAUUUUGAUCAGGAUGACAAAUCCAAGAUGAAGAUGCCAUCACAUGCUGGUGCUUGGGGAUCAGGUGAAAAAAAUAAUGACACGUGGGGCACAGAGAACAACAUGAAAAAGCAAGCAAACCAUAGCAAUGCCUGGGACAGUUGGGAUGAUAAUUGGGCCGCGGGUGGGGAAAGCAAGAAUAAAAAGUCACCGAAGAAAGAAAGUGAAGGAACUAUGGAUGAUGGAUGGGACAAUCAAAAUUGGUAGCUUGGGAAAGUGCCUCAAUUUGAAUGGAUCUGCAUUUCAAUUUUCAUUUCUUUGCUUCAUUGCGGUCAUAAAUCAGUUUCUAUUCCUGUCUAUAAAGAAUCAAUGUCUUACAAAUCUAUUUUGCAUUUCAGAGACUAGUUACAUGCAUAUUUCACCAACAAAAGGAGACUUUACAAUGAACCAUCAGUAUUGUAACCAGAACAUUGUCCUUUUGCAUACUUUGAGUUCAAAUGUACCAUUUUCCUACUAAAUACAUUGACAUUUUUCUAUUUAAGAUGAUAUAAUUUCUCCAUUAAUUUGCCACAAUUUUUGUUUGCACACAAACAUUCAUUAGAAAUCUGCAGGGUAUCAAGGAGAAAAAUGUAAAGUUAAAUAGUGCAGUGUUUAUUUUAGCUCAGGUUUUCUUUCAAAAACACAGCAAGCAUAGCAUUUACUGCAUGUUCUAUAUCGUGUCUGUCUUCAGCUUUUACGUGCAAUUGUACAGAGCAGAUGGCACUUGCAAAUUCAUGCUUGGUGUUUUCAGUGCGAAUAUUACAGUUUUUCCCUAGAUGAUUGAAAUAAGACUAUAGAUGAUUAAUUUGACUGAUCUAUUCCAAUCAUAAUUGUUUACUAACUCUUCUCCUUCUCCAUUUUACCUGCCUUAUAAAUAACUAUAUAAUCUCGAAGUUGCUCUUUCUGGUAUUCACAAACAAAUACCCAUUAUAUUUCUUCAACAUUGUCAUCUACUGUCUUAACAAUUAACACUUAUUAACAUCAAUCGGUUACCACCACUAAAAUAGUAGAUGAAGGAAUAAAUGAGUCUAUUAGAUAUUCAUUUGGGACUGAGAGUAUUCCGUUAUCCAAAUUUUAAAAAAUUUGGAUAAUUUUUACUGGUGUUUGGCAUCAAACUAGAACAGAAAUUUUCUCCAGUCUAAAUGUACGACUUGAAAUAAAAGUCUGUUUUUUUUGUUUAAUGUUCAGAAAUGAAAUCCUUCAUCAGAUUUAACUUUUCUAAAGUAUUAGAUUUAGAAGUGCAGUGACAUUUCUUGUCUGGUCUGCUGCUGCCUCCAAAACCCACCCCCAAACAUUCCAGUUGCAUAUAGUGUGGAUAUAGUAUGGAUAAGUGAUCUUUCAGUAUUGGAUUUUUUUGAUGAAAUCUGUGCAAUAUUUUUCAGCAUGAAAACAAGCUAGUGUAUUCUCAUCCUGUAGCUUGGGAUUAUUGAGCUUUUAUGCCCUAAAAGCUAACAUGGAAGAUUGCUGACAUGAAUGAACAUCUACAAAUUCUGUAUAGCAACUUGUGUUGCUAAUUAUUUUGCACCCAUUUUUGAGUGUGAUUGCUUAUUUUUUGAUGUAUGACAAUAAAGCAGGUGAAAACGG